AUGGCUUCUUUGAGCUCUACCUUAGCUACCCUCAUCCCCUCUUCGCCGGACUUUUCCAAAACAGCCACCAGACGACGGUCGAAGACACAUGCAAAGCUAACCCACCGCUUCCAAGUCUCAUGCAACGACCAUGAAAAACCACCAACCACAAAUCGUCAACCUGAAAAGCUCAUACUACCACCAGAAACAUCACUCAACAGGCAGAAUGUAGACAGAAGAAAUUUGCUCCUUGGGCUCGGCGGCCUCUACACCACCACCAACCUGAACACUCUGCCACCGGUCUUUGCCAACCCUAUCAAAGCCCCAUCCUUUGUGCCAGGAUGCACGGACUCGUUAUGGAACUUGGAUUUCGAAAGUGGCGUAAGAACUGGUGCGUGUUGUCCUCCGGCAGCCAAGGAACUGGAGAUGGACUACAAGUUCCCUACAACAGGUGAAACUCGCAUCAGACAGCCGAUACACAGAGCUUCGCCGGAGUACAUCCAGAAGUUUAAGGACGCGAUGCAGAAAAUGAAGGCUCUCCCAGAUGACGACCCGUGUAGCUUCAAGAACCAAGCUAAAGUUCAUUGCGCUUACUGCAAUAACAGUUACACUCAAAUGGCUAGCGGUUACCCGGAAAAAGUACUCCAGGUUCAUUACUCGUGGCUCUUCUUUCCCUUCCAUCGCUGGUUCCUUUAUUUCUUCGAGAGGAUACUCGGAGAUUUGAUUGAAGAUAAAACUUUCGGGUUACCUUACUGGAACUGGGACGACCCUGCCGGAAUGGAAAUUCCCGCCGUGUUUGAAGACAGAGGAAGAUCUAACCCUCUUUACAAUAGCUACCGGAAUGUCAAUCACCUCCGGCCAGCUGUUAUCGAUCUGGAUUACCAUAUGAAAGAACGAAAUCUUUCUCCUCUAGAUCAAGUGCGCGUUAAUUUGUGUAUUAUGAAUAGGCAGAUGAAGCGCAACGCCUCCGAUCCAACAAGUUUCUUUGGUGGCGAAUAUGUCGCCGGUGAUAAUCCCAUCAGUUCAGUUGGAUCCAUAGAAGCCGGUUGUCAUACGGCGGUUCACAGAUGGGUGGGUGACCCUAGAACUCCGAAUGACGAGGACUUGGGCAACUUCUACUCCGCCGCGUAUGAUCCUUUGUUCUAUGUACACCAUGCAAAUGUCGACCGGAUGUGGACACUUUGGAAAGGUUUAGGAGGUGAAGGGCGGAAGGAACCCAACGACAAAAACUGGGAAGAAGCAUCAUAUGUGUUUUACGACGAGAAUCGGAAACCUGUACGUGUUUACAACAAACACUGUGUGAAUUUGGAAGAUCUCAAAUACGAAUACGAGGAUUCAGAAACUCCAUGGAAGAGUAAUCCGCCGAAACCACGUUCUGCUACUUAUACGGAAACCACGUCGCCGGAAAAUGUGACGGAGAUGGAGUUUCCGUUGAGUAUAAGCGAGACUGUGACUAUUCAAGUGAAGAGACCUGAAACAAACAGACCGAAGGACCAAAAGAAAACUAUAAAAGAGAUCUUGCUACUGAAAGGAAUCAAUUUCAAUGGUGGGAAGUUUUUAAGUUUGAUGUGUUCGUGA